UUCUUCUCUUUCUUCUUCUCUUUCUUCUUCUCUUUCUUCUUCUUCUACUUUGCCCACCACUUCACGUUUUUCUUCUUUACUUUCCUCUUCUUCGUCCACUUCAAGUUCUUCUUUGACCUCUUCUUUAGCUUCUUUGGCCACUUUUUCUUCAGUUGUUCCUUCUCUACUUCCUAUUUCACGAUUAUUACCACCUCUUUCUUUGUCCCCCUCUCCCCCUCCUUCUUUAUCGCCCACCCUUUCCGUCCCCGCAUCCCCAUCCACUCUUUCUCCAUCCCCGUCCGCCCUUUCCCCAUCCUCGUCCACCCUUUCCCAUCCUUGUCCACUCUUUCCCCACCCCCGUCCACCCUUUCCCCAUCCUCGUCCACCCCUGCUCUUCCCACAGUCAACAAUGCCUUCCUCCCAGCCGACAUCGCCUCUGACAGUAUCAAGGACCGCGCCCUGUCCAACAUGUAGAGUGGUUGCACCCGGCACAUGCACGGUAUCCACGACGUCCACAACGCCACUGCCAACCGCAUUACAGGAGCUAUGCAGCGACAAGUCGAUAUUCGCCACCGGGAGUUCCUGAAAUAUAAGAAACUUUACACAGGACAGAGCCGUAACUUGAGAAAGGAUCUUACGGAGCUACACGACCUCAAUAACCAACAGUUCAGGGAUCACCUUGCGCAACUACGGCGAGAGGCCCAGGAGCAGCUGAACACGACGAUCACCCAACGCAAUGCGAGUCUGCGAGGGAUCAGAGUUCAGAGAGCGCAGCAGCAACGUCGGAUUCAGGACAGCUUUCUAGCCCGGAGGCAGGCGCAGGGGCGCUGUAGACCCCACCCAGAAUACCUGUUGGAACACCCAUUGUACCCAGAUUUCAGGAUUGACGCAGUCCAGGAGGAGCCACUGCGAGUCGCCGUGGCUACGGUUGGUCCGGUCUGUCUCCCGAAUCUUGAAGCUGAGGCGGUGGAGAGGCUUAGGCGCACUGCUGUUGACAACACAACACCGAGGACUCCCUUGUCCGACGGCUCGAUGAUCAACGCUGGUACAGAGGAGAUUGCCAUGGCCUUUGGCGUCGUGGAUCGAUCGCAGACAGAGACGCUCACUGUGCACGGACGUACGGAAGGAUAUGCGUCCUCCGCCAAGGCAGAACUUAUGGGCCUGCAUACAGCGAUCCUUGCUUCACCUCCAACCCAAGACAUUAUUGUGGAACCCGACAAUCAGUCAGUAGUGCGGCAGUACCAGCUGGUCAAGGAAAGGAGAGAGACACUGCCACGGAAGCGCCAACCCAGCAACUAUGCCGGCCUAUGAGUAGUGGUAUAUCAGGGGUUUAGUACCCAAGGAACAAGACUUGUCUUAUGGCGACUAAGGAUCGAUCCAAGGAGGAUGGGAGAUUCGGUAGUUCAUUGCUGAAUGGUCUUUAGAUUCGUAGCGUUAUUCGACUUGAGAGGCAGAUCGUUAUAAAAAAAAAAAGUUUAGUUGUAAGUAACAGACAUCUUUCGCAACCUAAAUCAAACUUGUAGCACUUUUUUCUGAA